AUGGCAAACACCACAUCCAAAUCCCGCCUCCAAAACGACUUUGGCGCCGACCUCUGGGUCAAGGAUCGUCCGAAGCAUCACGCAACGGCAGGAAGAGGCCUCUUCGCGGGUCUGCAGGACACGAAACGCUACAACGUGGAAUCCGGCUGGGCGAAGCGCAGCACCGCCGAGGCGCAACCGGGGUUGUUUGGGUUGCUGUGGAGUCGAUUCACCGGUGGCUCCUACCGGCCCCCUACCGAUUGA